UCAUGUAGCAUAUGUACUGUAGCCGACCCACUGUAAGCAGACGGCCUGUAGCUGGGUUGUCAAGCCACUGGAUCUGAAUCCGCUCUGGAUAGUGAGAGUUCAGAAGAGAUCAGCGAUGGCUCCGGUGAAGCUGUACGGCAUGACCAUGUCGUGGAACGUGACAAGGUGCGUGGCCGCCCUGGAGGAGGCCGGCAUCGAGUACGACAUCGUACCCAUCGACUUCGGCGCCGGCGAGCACAAGAGCCCCGAGCACCUCGCCAGGAACCCCUUUGGUCAGAUGCCAGCUUUGCAGGAUGAUGACUUCUAUGUCUGGGAAUCGCGUGCUAUUUGCAAGUAUGUGUGCCGCAAGAGCAAACCGGAGCUGUUGAAGGAGGACAACCUCAAGGAGUCAGCAAUGGUGGAUGUGUGGCUUGAGGUGGAGGCUAACCAGUACACGGCUGCACUGGAGCCUAUUAUCCUUGAGUACCUCGUCCGUCCAAUGUUCGGGAGAGCCACUGACCAGAAAAUCGUCGAGGAUAACCUUGUGAAGCUGAAGAAGGUGUUGGAGGUCUACGAGGCGCGCCUGACCGAGUGCAAGUACCUGGCUGGAGACUUCUUCAGUCUUGCGGACCUUACCCAUGUGUCUUCCACUGCAUGCUUGGCGGCUACACCCCAGGCGGCUUUGUUCGACGCAUAUCCGCAUGUGAAAGCAUGGUGGUCUAGCCUGAUGGCGAGGCCAUCCGUUCAGAAGGUCGCUGCACUGAAGAAGCCAUAUUUUCAAAGUAGUGCCUAGCACAGUUUCUCCAUGAACCAUGAUCCACGAAAUAAGAGCAGUUUGUGUGACUUGUGUCUCGAUGGCUGCUUGUCCAGGUAUGAGUUGUUGUGACGUGUCCUGGAUGUUUACUCUUGUGUAGUAACGAUGCUUGUGAUCCUGUCUAAUCUUACACUAAAACGAGCAUCCCUGUGCUCUAGUUUAUAAUAAACUCUUCCCUCAGA